GAGACGCUUUCUACCUUUCAGAAAGAACACAGAACAGCGCGCAAUACACUCUCUCUCCUCAUUCGCGACCUGGUACAUCUUCUCGGUCUUCCUAGUGCUCUCUUUUGUGAUCGAAAUUCAUGGAAGGCCCUCGAUUUACCAUUCUCAAAUUCUGGCUUUUGCCCUCUCGCGCUCUCUCUCUCAAUUUCUUUUGAAAUUAGAUACCCAUAUGGAGACUUCUCCCCAAAGUGUCUCGAUCCGUCGUAUCUUUAUUCAACCACUCUCUCACGCUGUUCUUCUGGUUUAGCAAGCGUUUCGGCAGGCGAUUUGGUUUUGGGCAAUGGGCUAUGGUAAUACCUUUCCAGAUCUGGUUUUUCUUUUGGUGAGGGUGUGGAAAUUUAACUUUUUUUGAAUUGGUCAGAUCUGAUAAUCAAGAUCAGAGAACUUAGGUAUUUCAAUUGUGGUGUGGUUUAGCUAGUACUGGAAUUAAUUGUCUGUUUCCAUCUAUCAUUCCCCUAUCCUCUGAAAUUGCUUCUUUUUUUUUUUUUUUUUCUUAUGAAAGAAAAAAAAAAAAAGAAUGUUUGUCCCCUUUGAAUCUGUAUCUGAAGCUAAACACAUACAAAUCUACAUGAAGGUAAAGUCAAUAUUUUUGUCCGUAUAAAGAGGUACGCUCCACUUUGAAUAUUGCACAUAUAAUGAGUGAUUAUGAAUGUUCUUUCCUAUUUCUGGCUUAAUGAGGGAUUUCAUUAUUCACAGAAGUUUUUAUCAUGGGGAUUGGUUGAUGCUAUGCACAAUGCAAUAUCUAAAAAUUGCGAGGCUCAAUGCAGACCUGAGGGAAUUGAGGCAUUACCUAAAGGAAUUGUUUCCAAGACCUCUGACUUUGUAAUGCAACCAUUAUGGGGACCCCGAACUCAAAAGAAACCAAAGUCAUCAACAAACUUAUUGGCCAUUGCAGUUGGAAUCAAGCAAAAAGAAAGUGUAAACAAAAUUGUAAAGAAGUUUCUAUCAAGCGAUUUCGUCGUGAUGCUAUUUCAUUAUGAUGGUAAUGUAAAUGACUGGAGGGAUUUGGAAUGGAGUGGUCGGGCCAUACAUGUAUCUGCCAUGAAUCAAACCAAGUGGUGGUAUGCAAAGCGAUUCUUACACCCAGAUAUUGUUUCUGAGUAUGCAUUCAUCUUCCUUUGGGAUGAAGACCUUGGAAUCGAAAACUUUAAUGUUGGAAGAUAUCUAUCAAUUAUUAGAAAAGAGGGGCUUGAAAUUUCACAGCCAGGACUUGAUCCUGACAACUCGGAGGUGCAUCAUGAUUUUACAGCAAGAGACAAGAGAUCAGAAGUACAUAGGAAGAUAAACAAGACAAUUGGUGGUGGAAGGCGUUGCAAUGAAAAUAGCACAGAUCCUCCAUGCACAGGGUUUGUUGAAAUGAUGGCUCCUGUUUUUUCAAGAGCAUCCUGGCACUGCGUGUGGCAUAUGAUUGAGGUGUAGACAUUUCAAAUAGUACGUUGGUUCAUGCUAUGAGUAGCUUUACAAAAGUUUAAGAGGAAGGAAAUCUGAAAGGUGGAGCGAAGGUAAAAAGGAUUCAUGAAGAAGCAUGAGUUAUGGAAGUUCUGAAAAAGCUCAUUACAGAAAACAUGCCAUUCUUCCCUUAAAGAUAAGUGGCUGUAAGUUAAGUUCAAAUGAUGAGAGGCCAAGUAUGUAUGUCUCUUGUCAUCUAGGAUUACAUAACAUUAGAACACUUAUAAGUAGGAAUUAAUUACUGGAUUAUAUUGUAACGAGUAAAAGAUACAAUGACAUUUGUUUUGGGAUUGUAAAGAUUAUUUGUAUGUAAAUGUCUUCUUUUUGUUUCAAGGAUAUUUUUUUUUUUGUGUUCUAUAAUAGAUAUAAGGACGUUUUUUUAGCGUCCUAAUAUACAUUAGAUGA